GAAGCGCCGAGAGAAAGACAGAGAAGAGAGUGACAAUGGUGAAAUGUAUGAAGCCAGGAAAAGCCGUGAUCCUUUUACAAGGACGAUACACCGGUAAAAAGGCGGUGAUCGUGAAAUCCUUCGAUGACGGUACCGUUGAGAAGAAGUACGGUCACUGUCUCGUCGCCGGAUUGAAGAAGUACCCAAGCAAAGUCAUUCGCAAGGAUUCGGCAAAGAAGACGGCUAAGAAAUCGCGCGUGAAAUGCUUCUUCAAGGUCAUCAAUUACCAGCACGUGAUGCCUACGCGCUACACUCUUGAUUUGGAUCUGAAGAACGUUGUCUCCGCCGACGCGAUCUCGUCCAAGGAUAAGAAAGUGACGGCUCUUAAGGAAGCGAAGGCGAAGUUUGAAGAGAGGUUUAAGACUGGCAAGAACAGAUGGUUCUUCACCAAGCUUAGGUUUUGAAUUCUACAGUUUUUAAUUUUAGUUUUAAAGUUUCAAUUUUUAUCUACCAUGAAUUGUUUUUGCUUCUGGUUUAGCUCAAGGUUAUGUUUUGUUCUAAAUUUCAGUAAUAUAUAUUCAAUUUUGAUGGUUAAAGUUUUAAUCUUUCUAGUAACUCUUCAUUGUGAGACAUUU